GCGACGCUUGUCUGGUGCUGAAUAGGUUUUUCAUUUGCUUGUCGGCUCUAAAUAUUAUAAUAUAAUAUAUAAAUUCCAUAAGUUAUCAUAACCGAAAAGAGUGUAAAAUGCCUUCAAACUGCUCCUUUGAGCUGGAUCGACCCGAGCCGAUUUACUACAGUGGAGAAACGAUCAAUGGGCGAGCCAUUCUGACAACCACAUCCGAGAAGUCGGUAAACGAGGUGUACAUUCUUUUCGAGGGCGAGGCCAAGGUGCGGUGGGACGAGAGCCGGACCAGGACCAGGAAUGGGAAGACGGAGCACUACACAGAGCAUUUUCGGGGCAGGCAGACGUACCUAAAUACUCGCACUGCCGUCUUUGGAUCCGGAAAUCUUCCACCUGGUACUCAUACCUAUAACUUCUGCAUUCCCCUGCCCCUCCAAUGCCCCUCGUCAAUGGUAGCGCAGUACGGAAAGAUCUGCUAUGAAGUAUCCGUGGUUAUCGAUCGCCAAUGGCGCUUCAAUAACGUCUUCAAGCAGCCACUCACUGUGAUACAAACCUACAAUCUCAACAUGAGUCCUCAGUUACUGAUGCCUUUGGUGCGCGAGGACAUCAAGCACUUUUGCUGUUGGCCUUGCAGUUCGGGUCCAGUGCUCUCGACCUUGACAAUACCCUUCGGGGGCUACGCACCCGGCCAGAGGAUCCGCUUCACCCUGGAAAUCGACAACCAAUCAAGCGGCUAUGAUCUGGAUGGUAUAGAAGUGAAGCUGAAGCAGAUAUACCGGUUCCAGGCCCAAACUCCGCACCAUAAAACCCGCGAGAAGGAACACAGCCUGAAUAAGAGUUGCCAGCAGGAGAGGGUGCUGAGGCUCACUAAGAGGGUGAUCGAAGGCACGCUGGCUAUUCCGGCGGUACCGCCCUCCUCUCGAUCCGAAGGCAUCAUAUCGAUCAGCUAUCAAGUUAUCCUUACAAUUAGCACAGGCGACUGCCACGUGGACAAGGACUUUGAGGUGCCGAUUGUCAUAGGUACCAUUCCAUUGAUCCAGAGCGCGGAGAAUCCAGCAAGUGCAGCACAGUGGAUACCCCAAACACCGGGCACUCCGGCUGGAGCUGCCGCAGAUCUGCCUCCCAGCUACGAUAACUGCAAACCACCUACUUUCGAAGAUGCUACCAACUUUGGAGAAAAGUUUAUCGACAUCGACGUAGAUGAGCACAAUCGCACGGAUGACUUUAUUCCGCGUUACCCGAUGUACACCAACUUUGCCAUGCCGUCUGCCCCUCCUCCACCCACUGAUGGAUCGGACUCACAAACCGUUCCCGUUCUUUCGCUACCUCAUAAUGCUACCGCCCCACCGAACGAUGGAAACUCCACAGAUCGCCCUGCCAUAACUUACGGAUGGAACUCCAACUCUUAGACAGAAGCUACUAGACGAAAUCUCAUCAAAGGAUAUUAAUUUGCCCCAAAGUGCAUAGUACUUUUUAUAUAGCUUAGCAAUUUUUUAUUUCAAACUUUUUUAGUAUGUUCACUUGAUGUUUCAGAACCAACACUCAGGAAUUUUAAAUAUAAGAACUGGAAUAAAAAGAAACAUUAAAUGACAUGAUACAAAUAUUUAGAAUGAGAUAUUAAAGACAGAAAACAUUAUCAAACUAAUCUUAACCCAAAAAAUGUUUACUGUUUUGCUUAAUGUUUUUUAAGUAUUUGCUAUUUUAAGAAAGUGGCCUUAUACUUUAGUUAGUUACUGAAAACAAUUUACAAACAUUUUUGAUAAAUAAGUAUUUGUGCUUUUGAUAAAGCAAAAUUAAAAAUUCAAUUCUAAUAAGUUAAGUGCUGUACUUUAC